AUGUCCCCCCCCACCGCGACCCUCCUCCACGGCACCACCGCGGCCCUGCACGCCCUCCACCCCGCCGCCUUCCUCGUCCUCUUCACCCCCGUCGUCCCGCCGCCCCCCUCGCCCGCCGCGUCCCCGCCGCACACGGACCCCUUCGAGCCGCUCGGCCGCGCCCUCGCCCAGCGCCACGCCCGCAUCCGCCACGUGCCCUACGUGCCCGCCGUCGGCAUGACGGACACGCACCUCGCGUUCCUGCGGCACGCGGGCGCCGUCGUGGUGGUGGUUGUCGUUAGCAGCGAGGAGGAUGGCAAGGGGGCCGGGGGGCAGUGGGAGUUUGCGAGAGGGGUGGUGGCGCAGAAGGCCGGGGUGGAGGAGCUGGGGGAUGUGCCGGUUUGUUUGGUGCUUGUGGGCGGGGAUGGGCGGGGGAGGGAGUUUGGGGAGUUUGGGGGGGUGGUUUGGACGAGGGAGUAUGGGGAGGGAGCAUUGAGGGAGGUGGCGGGGGUGAUGGUUGGGUAG